ACAACCGCGCGCGCGCUCCCGAUGCGCGGUGAGUUUACAGCGGCGCGAGACUCCAGGGUCCGGUACGCGCUGGAACUGACGGAGCGCGAACUGACCGUACAGAGGCUCGCGGGGAGACGGAAUUCAGGAGCGCGCGCGGUCACUGUGAUUGGUCUAGCAGACUGUAUCGGGUGCCGCGUACACGGUGCUGAGGACGCGCCGGACGCUGGUGCUUGUUUCUCGGUGUACUUGUACCCGGUGCGAAGCCGCUGGACUUGUUCAGCCGCACCGAGCCGCCGCAGAGUGGAGCGUCGGUUUCGGGUCACACAGAGCACCGACCCACGGGGUAACCUGGAGGUGGCGCACCGGUGGGCACAAGCUAUUAGAGAAGGGUCGUACCGAAAUGGAAGAACAGGUGUUGUGGUUGGUGAAAUUAGGAGGCUGCGUAGACUUCUGGUCCUCUUAAAUCCUCACAGUGGUAAAGGUCAGGCCCUCUCUCUCUUCAACAACCAUGUGCAGCACAUGCUACAGGAAGCUGGUAUCACCUACACACUCGUUGUUACAGAGUUUCAGAACCAUGCCCGUGAGAUUGUUCAGAAGGCAGAUUUGUCUCAGUUGGAUGCCCUGGUGAUCAUGUCUGGAGACGGGCUGCUGUUUGAGGUGGUGAAUGGUCUUAUGGAAAGGGAGGAUUGGGAGAAAGCUAUUCGGACUCCGCUCGGGGUCCUGCCUGGAGGUUCUGGAAAUGCAGUAGCUGCUUCCAUUCACUACUACACUGGGGCACAGCCAGUGUCAGGUGAGGACUUGCUAAUGAGCUGUGGCUUUAUGCUGUGUAAAGGACUGGUGUCACGUCUGGACCUGACCUCAGUCUGCAUAGCAUCCAACCAGCGCCUGUUCUCCUUUCUGUCCCUCGCCUGGGGCUUCGUGGCUGAUGUGGACAUCGAGAGUGAGAAGUAUCGCCACAUAGGAGGUGCCCGUUUCACUAUGGGUACACUAGUGCGCCUUGCCUCACUUAGGGUAUACCAAGGGAAGCUGGCAUACCUUCCAGUUGAGGAAUCCCAAAAUCAAGAGCCCUCAAGAACAUCCUUAAGUGAUAAUUAUACAUUAUUUAACUCAUCUGACCAUCCAGUUCCUGCACACUGGACUGUGGUAAGGGAGGAGGACUUUGUUCUGGUUCUGGCUUUGUACCAGUCACAUCUUGCAGAAGACUUGAUUGGUGCCCCUGAUUCGAGACUUGAUGAUGGAAAUAUACAUUUAAUCUACGUGAAAGCAGGCAUCUCACGGACAUCUCUCUUGCGCCUCUUCCUGGCAAUGAAGAAGGGCACCCACCUAAAUACAAACUGCCCAUUUGUGGUGUACGUCAAAGUGCGGGCACUACGACUGGAACCCUACUCACCACAAGGGACUAUCACUGUGGAUGGGGAGCUGGUGGAAUACGGGCCAGUACAAGCACAGAUAUAUCAUAGUCUGGCCAGAAUUAUAGCUGGAUAG